AUGGAGGGCGCGCAGCCCUACCUCCUGCCCUUCGCCAUCUGCAUCGGCACCGACCCCAGCUGCGGCGGGGCAGCGCUGCCGCCCUUCGUGCUGCCGUUGCCGGCCGGUGUCGAGGUGCACGUCCCUGCGACCCUCGCUCAGCGCCUAGUAGAUACGGGCUGCGGCCUCUCCGCAACGCUCUCCGCCGACGGCGGCGACGACGACGAAGGCGGCGUCCCCAUGCCAGAUGUGCCCCUCGCAUCCCCGGCGCACCUCGCCGCCCUCGCGGCCGCUGCAGCCGCCGCCCAGCCGGGGCCAGAUCACCUGCGACUCUGCCUGCCGCUGCCGCCGCUGCGCGCGCUGCGCGCCGCCGACCCGCCGCGCCUGACUGUCCUGCUGCGGCGCUGGCGGCCUGCUGCAGACGUCGUGGCAGGCGGCCCCUUUGGCAGUAGCCCAGCUGGUGCCGCGCCGGCGGGCAGGAGCCUC